AUGGUUAUCAUUGACAAACCAGUGGAAAUCGAUCAAGAAGCUUCAGAAAAUGCAGCAAAUAUUUAUAUUAAUCCAUGCGAGAAAACAAAUAUAAAAUUGACACCAUUAGAUGAUUCAGAUAAUGAAAGAAAUCAACCAUCCACCUCAACUUCUCAAACAUACCAUAAAUUAGAUGGUUUUGACAAUGAAACUGAUAAGAAUCACCUGACACCGUCACCACCUUGUCGACCUCCACGACCAGCUAGUAUGAAGGGUAGAUUGAAUGCUUCCACUGUAAAUUCACAUAGACCAUUUGUCCCCUUGCCACAAGCUCCUAAUUCAGUUUGUUCAGAAGAAUUGUAUGAACUUGUUGAUGAUGAGCAUAAAUCGAUAAACCAAACAACAGAUCAAUGUAAUCAACCAGUAAAGAAACCGAAACCACCUGGGAAAAAGUUAAAUAUGAUCAAUAGAUUUGGUGCUUCAUUUCGAGUAAUCACUGAUAAGAAGGUGAAUUCUUUGGUUACGCAAUUCAGUAAUCAUCUAACAACUCCUGGAUAUAGUACAGCGAAAGUGCUGAAUAAAGAGAGAACAUUGAUUACUGAAAAAUGCGAUAAAAAUCAAGACUAUAAAGUAGAUGGGGCUUUCAUUAAUUAUACCAAUAAAUUUUGUGAUAAACUUGAUGAGAAAGAGUCAAGACAAAGUUUAACCAGAAGAUGUGAUUAUUUGCAACCGAAUUCUUCAAGAUUACAAUCUAAAAGUAGCUUUAAAGAUUCUUGUUCACUGUUCGGUUCAACAAGUCAUCUUUCAAUAAAAUCGCAAUCAAAUAAGAAAUUCAAACAAAUUAAAUACAAUAUUAUUGAUUUAUUUGAAAAGAAGGAACUGCCUAAAAUAGCAAAGUACACUUGUGCAUUACAUGUAAAUCCUGAGGAAACAGUGAAAAGCGUUGUUCAAGCGUCGAAGACUUGUACAAGACAACCAAUUCGACCUUUACCUCAUUUAAUCUUCAGCAAAGGCUGGUCACAAGAAUCGAGUAUACUCAAUCAUGAAUUACUGACAACUACUAGUCAAGAUAAUUUUACUAACAAUUCUAAUGAUAAUCUACAUCAUGAGAAACUUCUCCACAAAGAUAAUGAUGAUGACGAGGAUAAUGAUGGCAGCUGUCUUGGUGGUGUUGGUGGUGAAGGCUUAUUUGGAUUCAAAGGUUCAAAUCCAAGUAGUUGGUUAGAAGAUCCCAAAACAUCAGAACUGCUGAAAAAUUCAUUGGAUUUACGUGAAGCUGGUCUACUGGAUAUACGUGAAGGUGAAAAAUUAGAAGUCUUGUGCAUUUAUAUGGAGCCUAGACUGUUAGUGAGAAAUACAAUUGGGGAAUGUGAAAGUGAUCCAAAACUUUAUGUUCUUCUUGACCAAGCCUCACUUGAGUCAGUCAAGGCAGCUAGCGGGAAAGAGUUUCAACUUCUUAAUCCUGACAGGCACAAAGACCGAAUUUUGAAGUCUGGAAUAGAUGUUUCUACAGUUCGUCCCGAUAUUGCUCAUCAGUGUCUUCUUAUGUUGCUUGACAGCCCUCUAAACCGAACCGGGAAAUUACAGGUAUUCAUUAGAACAAGAAAGAAUGUCAUCAUUGAAGUUAAUCCUAAAACACGCAUACCGCGUACAUUUGAUCGAUUCUGUGGACUUAUGGUACAACUGCUGCACAAACUUUCAAUACACGCUGAAGGCGGUAAUCGUGAAAAACUUCUGAAGGUUGUAAAAAAUCCUAUCACACGACACUUUCCAAUUGGUGCUCCAAUUAUUGCUACAUCAUUUUCAGCUAAAGAACAGAUUAAACCGUUACAAUUAGCAGAAAGUACACAGAAAUCUGGUCCUCAAUCUGUUGUCAUUAUUAUCGGAGCAUUAGCUCAUGGGUCAAUUGUUGAUACGUGUAAAGAAUUUCUACAACGUACAGUCAGUAUCAGUAAUUUUCCUUUAUCAGCUGCUCAAACCUGUUCACGAAUAUGUACUGCUUUUGAAGAGUUAUGGGGUGUUGAAGAUAUCCUGAGUGAAAAAACUACCCAAGUGGAUGUUUGCACGUAGUUGGUAUCGAAUGAAUGGAAAUGCAUUUUACAACACAACUUAAAGUUAAACGUCCUCUAACAAUUCUUUCCUAUUGUUGUACAUAAAACUGCAGAUGAUUUUUUGAAAUAAAUUGUUUCCCUUCAUUCAA